GCCUGGGUUCUGUUUUUUCCUUUCCCCUCCUUCUUUUAAUCCAGUUCUCUGACCUACCCUGCCAACAGUAUCCGUAUCGAAAACAUUUUAUCCUACCAGAAUUAUAGAGACUUUAGGUAGCUAGAUCGACAUGGACGACUUUGAUAUGUUGAGCGCGCCCCAGCCUGCUGCGGGAAACGGGGUUGGGACGGAGGAAGACCCCGCUGCUGCUUUCCUGGCCCAGCAAGAGAGCGAGAUCGCGGGGAUCGAGAACGAUGAGGGCUUCAGCAUCCUCGACAGCGGAGAGGUCCCGGCUUCGCUCAGCAGUAACCUUACAGGUGAACAAGACGCAAACGACGCAGUCGACGGAGCGGUAAAUGGAGAGCUUCAUGAGGAGAGCAACGGCCCGUCUGAUGCCUACGCAGCCAUCUCCAAUGCCGACCGGCUGCAUGCGGAGCCCGAGAGCCUGCGCAAGUGGAGGGAGGAGCAGCAGGAGCGGCUGGAGGCUCUGGAUGCUAACUCACGCACCCAGGAGGCAGAGUGGAAGGAGAAGGCCAAGGCGGAGCUGGAAGAGUGGCACACCCGUCAGAACGAGCAGCUGGAGAAGACCAAAGUCAACAACAGAGCGGCCGAGGAGGCCAUGGUGUCGGAGAUGGACGAGAACAACCCGGGGACCGAGUGGGAGCGCGUGGCGCGCCUCUGCGACUUCAACCCAAAGUCCAGCAAGCAGGCCAAGGACGUGUCGCGCAUGCGCUCCGUCCUCAUCUCGCUCAAGCAGGCGCCCCUCGUGCGCUGAUCCCGCCCCUGGCCCCGCCCCCUGCCCCGCCCCCACAGAACCACACUACAGCUGCUAGGAUGGCAAUAUCUUACGUUAAACUACUCAGAGAUAUGCGUGGCUGCAGUUAUAACGGAUCAAUUCCCUCUCAGUCAUUUAAAAAGGAUUGAGGUUAUUUUUUGUUUUGUUUUUUCUAUUCUUUUAAGGACCAAACUCCCCAUUCCAUAGCGUGUUUAACCAUUAGACUUGUGGGUAUUGUGACAUUUUACAAUCUAUGCAUCUUCUUUUUGAAGUUCCCAGGAAUAAAGUAAUAAAUGUGACGUGUUUGUAAUGUGUGUGUGUGUACAUAUGACGUGUAUGUAUUGUAUGUGUGUGUAUAUCUGUGUAUAUACAGUAUAUAGGCUACAUAUACACACACGUACAUAAAAACGAGAUGAAAAUAGUGGUUUAAGAUCAGAGCUGUAGCCCAACCGUUGCUUUGUGUGCGUUUCACUGUCCCAUCUUUGAUUUGAAUAUCAUUAAAAGUGUAUGAAACCCC